AUGGGCCAAACCGAUCGCGAUGUGCUAAUUGAAAUGGGAUUUGAUCCCCGACGAGUGGAUCUGGCUUUGAAAUAUUCAGGUGGAUUGCAAGAUGCGAUUACGUGGCUCGGAUCCCACGAAGACACCCAGAUCGAAGAUCUUGAGAAAGAAAGUAGCACUGGAGCGCCAGUCGCUUCGACUUCGGAGGCCGACGCUGAAGACAGCAAAACCACCGCUGGCAUCGAAGCCAAAAGCUACAAAUGCAACGAUUGCGGCAAAUUAUUGCGAAACUGGGAUGCUGUGCAAUUUCACGCUGAACGAACCGAACAUCAAAAUUUCGACGAAAGUGUGGAGGAGAUGAAACCCCUCACGGAAGAUGAAAAGAAUGCCAAACUCCAAGAAUUGAAGCAAAGACUGGCGGAAAAGAGGAAGGUACAAGCUGCCGAAAGUGUGGCAGAUGCUAAACGAAAUGAAGCUAUUAGGAGGAAGAAGGACCAAGACUCCGAGAGAAUCAAAGAAGAGCUCCGUAAAAAAGAACAACUAAAGGAUAUCGAGCGACGGAAACAAGAAAAGCUAGACGAUGCAAAGGCAAAGGCUAAAAUCAAAGCUGAAAUUGCUGCGACACAGCAAGCCCGCCGCGAAGCCGCUGCGAAAGCGAAGGCAGAGCGGGAGGGUAUUUCGACAGCCCAGGCUAGUAUUCCCGAAGUAGCCAGUACUCCUUCGGCAAGCAAAGCGGUCCAUGCGGAAGCUCGCCUACGCUUUCAAGUAUCUGGCCGGCCCCCGAUUACAAAGACGUUUCCCGCGGAAACAUCAUUGUUUGAAGUUGCGUCAUCGGUAGCUCAGGAAACUGGGAUAACUAUUAGUACCUUUACAACAACCUUCCCUCCAAGGAAAACCUACAGACUAGAUGAACCCCUUGAUUCAAGCCUGACCCUAAAAGAAGCUAACCUUACCCCGUCUGCGUCGCUUCUUGUUGGUUAG